AUGGCUACUGAUUCUAAUUUCCUCAUUGACUUCUUGAUGGGUGGUGUUUCCGCCGCCGUCGCCAAGACUGCUGCUGCUCCAAUUGAAAGAGUUAAAUUGUUGAUUCAAAACCAAGAUGAAAUGUUGAAACAAGGUAGAUUGUCUCACAAAUACACUGGUAUUGUUGACUGUUUUAGAAGAACUGCUGCUGAAGAAGGUGUUGCUUCAUUCUGGAGAGGUAACACUGCUAAUGUUAUCAGAUACUUCCCAACUCAAGCUUUGAACUUUGCUUUCAAGGAUCAAAUUAAAGCUUUGUUUGGUUUCAAGAAGGAUGAAGGAUACUGGAAAUGGUUUGCUGGUAACUUGGCUUCUGGUGGUAUUGCCGGUGCUUUGUCUUUGGCUUUUGUUUACUCUUUGGAUUAUGCUAGAACCAGAUUGGCUAAUGAUGCUAAAUCUGCCAAAGGUGAUGGUAAAGGAAGAGAAUUCAAUGGUUUAGUUGAUGUUUACAAGAAGACUUUGGCUUCUGAUGGUAUUGCCGGUUUGUACAGAGGUUUUGGUCCAUCUGUUGUUGGUAUUGUUGUUUACAGAGGUUUGUAUUUCGGUUUGUAUGAUUCCUUGAAACCAGUUGUUUUGGUUGGUCCAUUGGAAGGUUCAUUCUUGGCUUCAUUCUUGUUGGGUUGGGUUGUUACCACUGGUGCUUCUACUGCUUCUUACCCAUUGGAUACCGUUAGAAGAAGAAUGAUGAUGACCUCCGGUCAAGCUGUUAAAUACGAUGGUGCUUUAGACUGUUUCAGAAAAGUUGUUGCUGCUGAAGGUAUUAAAUCAUUGUUCAAGGGUUGUGGUGCUAACAUCUUGAGAGGUGUUGCCGGUGCCGGUGUUAUCUCAUUGUACGAUCAAUUGCAAGUUCUUCUUUUCGGUAAGAAAUUCAAGUAA